AUGAGUUCAGCUCAGAGAGGUUGGAUUGUGGCAACCAGUGUUGGAGUUGUGGAGGCCCUGAAGGACCAAGGGGUGUGUAGGUGGAAUCACGCUUUCAAGUCAGCUCAACAUGUGAUCAAAACCCAUUUUGGAUCUUUGUCAAGGGCAAAGAACCUUUCCUCUUCUGUUCUGGUUUCUACUUCUAGCAGACUAAAGGUACCAACAAUUAGAUCCUGGGGUGUGGCAACUGGGGUUGGAGUUGUGGAGGCCUUGAAAGACCAGGGUAUCUGCAGGUGGAACCAAGCUAUAAGAUCAGCUCAACAGCAUCUCAAAACCCAUGUCGGUUCAUUCUCUCAGGCUAAGAAACUUUCUUCCACUUCUACUAUGGUCUCCGAAAUAGAGAACACAAAACAGUCAGAGUCAUUGAGGAAAGUGUUAGGAUCAGAGUACCAGCAUAAAUACACACAACUAAAAUAG